UGUGAACUACAAAGUGCACUUUUUUAUAGGGCAAAUGCCUUGUGUUUUCAUUGAAAAAGCUAAACAACUGGAUACCUGAAAUCUGAAACUACAGUCUGGAGAAGGUUGGGCUGUUGGCUGGGUCAGACCUGUUUCCAAGUUCUAGCUUGCUAUCCGGAAGCGGACAUUCCUUAUUCACCCGAGUGGGAGUCAUCGCACAAUCAGCAGGCGGUGCUUGCUUAUCUCAGCGUUCUGACGACAAUAGUAGUUGGUACCUAGGCGUUCCGGGUCCCUUGCCACAGAGCAUCCGCCUCUCACCGCAUCAUCUGACCACGUUUUAUUUUUAGUGAACAUGAAAAAACGGCAUUAAUCCAAACAAGUGGAGGGCCAUGUGCCGUCAUUGCCCCUGUGCAGGCCUUCCUUAUGAAGAACCUUAUUUCCAAACAUCAAUUUUCACAGCUCAGGGAGGUUGAGAGUACAACGGUAGACCAGUACUUGGCUGCAGCCUUGACGGAGAUGCUGUGCCAGUGUAAGCAACCACCUACUUUAGCCAUGCACACGACUGACAAGUCUAGCUCUCCCACUCAUGCUAGUGAUAGUAAUGCCCCACUUCUGAGAGACCAUGGUCCCUUUGAAGUAGCUUGUUUGGAUGAUCCCUUGCCUCUAAACAAUGACUGUUCUGGCUCAAGUCCGCCAGAGCCAGACCAGCCGUCACCCACACCAAGUGCCAAAGAUUACAGUCUUUUCCAUUCCAAUGUUAGAUUAAGGCAGUUUGAAAGUGCCCACUCCUUGCAAAACCAUUUAGAAACGCACCUGGACAAGUACAAAGCUCAGUAUGGGGUUCUCCUCUUCCUUUACUCGGUCAUAUUAACAAAGGGUGUGAGGACUGUGAAUGAAGAAAUGGGUGACCUUGGCGAGAGUCUUAUAGAUGGCAGCCAAGGUCAUGGAGGCCAGGGCCUCAUCAACCUCCUCAUUACCGGCCGUGCUUCAUCCUAUGUGUGGGAUGGCGUCAAGGAUGUUGGAGGCCUCAGUUUGAUUGGUAUUUUAAAACGGCCAGCUGUCGGGUUUCUCACACGUUUAGAACAUCUGCGUUAUGUGCAGGUUGGAUGGUACCUCAAGAAUCCUACUAAUCCUGUUUGGGUUAUUGCUUCUGAGACGCACCUCUCAGUUUUGUUUUCAUGGUGCAAAAAGUUGGUGACUCCAGACUCGGAAGUUGAGCGAGCCAAGCAAGUGUUCAGCUGGUAUGAUACUGAAGGCAACAGAUUUAUUCAGGGAGAAAAACUAAAGGAUGUUUUAGAGAAGCUUAAUCUUUGCACCGAUGAUGAUUUUAUCCAAUUUAUGAUGUUGGAGUUGGACCCAGACAAUAUGGGAGUAAUCCUCUAUCACAAGUUUGUGGAGACCUUCUUCACGCCUGAUCAGUCCUAUACCCCGCCAGACACCUUUGCUGUUUAUCAUUAUAAUGGACUAGAAUCUUCAUGUCCAUUGAAUAAGAUUCAGUAUGCAGAGGGCUGCGUAACGUUACAGGAGAGCCACGUUGGCUUCUCCGCAAGUAAUUCCGAGUUCCUAACCUGCCUUGCAACAAAAUGGCCAAACCUUGAUAUACAGUGGUCAAACUUUACACCAUCACUCAACUAGCACCACCUAAACAUCGUUUUCAGUAUUUUUCUGCCAUGUUCCGAAUCACAAAUUCAUAACUAAUGCUGGUAAUACCAGAGAGCAAAUCGACUUACUGUACUUAUUUAAGCGUUUCAGGAAUAUUCCUGAACAAGUUUAAGCCAAAAUUUUUGUUCAUAAAAAUUAAUUAAUUUUAUAAUAUUUUAUUAAAGAGUAUUAAUAAAGAAUCCUAAAUUUAUGGUUAGGAUAAGUACAGUAAUGGAAUUUAAAAAAAAAAUUGAGGUUUAAUUAGUUUUGUACAUACUAUACGCUAUACAUUAUUCACCCAUUCCUAAGUUUUCUACCAGGAGUUUGAUCUCAAGUUGUGCUACUUGGAAGAGUUGUUACCUGUGAGCAAAGUUAACGUGUUAAUAAAGUUUUUUUUACGUAGCUUUAUUUAAUGCAAUUGCUCCAAGUAAACAAUUAAAAACUAAAUCAUUGUACAGUAGCCACUUCCUAAAUCUUAGUGCAAGAUUUACAUACUACUUGUAAGUAUAAGCCAACUUGUAGGUAACUUCAUAUAUAAUAUAAACACACACAUAAAUGUAUGUAUAUAUGUACACACAAAUACAUAUACACCAUAUGAGCACAUUCCCAGUCUGCAUGAAUAUGUACACAUGUACUGUAAAACACACACACACACAAUUUCAAUUCACACAAUUGAAUUAAAAGAUUGAAGCUAAGGAAACAAUGGGUGGCGAAAAAAUUAGAAGUUCACUUUUGCAAACAGAUUGGUAGAUGGUUUGAACAAGUUCGGUGAGAAGGUGGCGAAGGCCAAAACUGUCAGUAGUUUCAAAGCGUCACAUGACAAAGAAUACUUGGACGGCUGGACACCACAAGUGCAGCUCUUAUCCUGUAUCUGUACUUAGAUAAUGUCACACACACGCGUGCGCACGCACACAAAAUAUAAGCAAAUUCACUUUCACAAAUAGAGUGGUACACGGUUGGAACAAGUUAGGUGAGAAGGUGGUGGAGGGCAAAACCAUCAGUUGUUUCAAAGAGUUCUAUAACAAAAGAAUGCUGGGAAGACGGGAUACCACGAGUGUAGCUCUCAUCCUGUAACUACAUAGGUUAUUACACCUUGGUAAUUACAGUACACAAACACACACACACACACACAAAAAAACCUCAUCAUAUACAAUGUGUUCCUUGCAGAAAGAAAUCACGUUAACGUGAUGUAUAAAUGAGAGAAUCAAUGAGAGAGUCGUGAGGAGGAUUCAGACUUAUGCUCCGAGUACCCCCAAGCAAAUGCCUUGGACAACUACACCACAACAUGGUAAAAGAAUUGCAACCUGGAAUUUAGUUGAAUCCCAGGUUGUAAUUCGUUUACCAUGUCAUGGUGUUGCCUAAAGCACUUGCUUGGGAGUACCCAGAGCAUAGGUUUGACUCUCCUCAUGGCUCCUACUGAUUUUCUCAUUAAUAUAUAAUGUUAUUGUGAUUUUGUUUGUGUACUGAAGAGAACCAUUGUCGAUAGAAUUCCUAGACUACAAAACCUGAGUAUGAGGGAAUUGUAUGAAACCCUGGUUUGGAUUCAGUGGAAGCCAAACAAGAUUUAGUUGAAUCCCAGGUUGCAAUUCUUGUCUGUGUCAUGAUGUUGUCUGAGGCAUUUGUUUGGGAGUACUCGGAGAAUAGGUUCAAAGCCUCCUCAUGGCUAAUACAGUACUGAUUUUCUCAUGUGUUCCUUAGUGUGGAUGUGGCAAAUAAUGUGAUAUGAUAUUCAUGUGCCUACAAAACUAAAUAAACAUAGCCACUGU